UAAAUCAUCAUCAUCAUCAUUCAUCAACAGAUAUCGUUUUGUUUUGUUUGGUUUUGCCUCAAAAAAACAAUAAAUAAAUCAACAAUGUCGUUCAUAUGGCCAUCAUCAUUUUCAUCAUCAAAGAAGAAUAAGAAUAAUCAUCUAUCUUCAAUCAUUUUAUUCUAUAUAAUCAUUAUUAUCAUAAUAUUCAUUUGUCAAAUAAUUGAUUGUGAAUUUCAAAAAUGUACACCAGAUUUUUGUCGUAUACAAAAAUGUUCAGAUAAAUCUUGUAAAGGUGAUAAUAAAAUUUUAUUUCAUAAUGUUACAACUUGUGGUUGUUGUAAUGAAUGUGUUGAAGAACUUGAAGAAAAUGUUGAUUGUGUUUUAGAAAUGAAAGGUAUUAUACCGGAUACACAAUGUGGACCACAUUUAAAAUGUGUUAGAAAAACAAAAAAUACAUACGAUGUUAAUGCCAUCUGUCGGAAAAUAAGCGAUAUUGAAAAUGAAAAUCCAAAUGGUGAACAUGGUUGUGAAUAUGAAAAUAAACGUUUUGAUCAGAAUCGUUUUCAAAUGCAAACAUAUAGUUUACGACCAGAAUGUGAUCAAUUUGGUGAUUAUAAAAUUCGUCAAUGUAAAAAUGGAACAUUAUGUCAAUGUGUCAAACAAUAUAAAGAUGAUAAAACUGGAAAAAUCAAAACAAGACCAAUAUUUGGUACAGAUAUUUAUACAAAUGCAGAUAAAAUGAAUUGUCUUUGUUCAUAUCAAUUUGAAAAUGUAAAUGAAAAAUUACGUGAAAUGAUACAUUCAUUAAAUGAAAAUAAACGUUGGGAUUUAUUACCAGAAACAGAAAAAUAUAAUCAACAUUAUGAUAUUGAUCCAAUAUUUUUUAUUCGUUGUCAAUCGAAUGGAAAUUUUGAACGUUAUCAAUCAUAUGGAAAUUAUUCUUAUUGUAUUGAUGAAAUAACUGGACAAGUACAAGAUAGACCUGUACUUAUGGAACAUGCAUCUGAAUUACCAUGUUAUUCCCAUCGAUAUCCAUUCAAACGUAGUGAUGAUAGCUGUAUAUCAAAAUAUAAUAAUUCUGUAAAUGAAUAUUAUAAAUUACAAAAUGAAAAUGGUUAUAAUGUUGUUGCAUUUGAUUUACCAAAUUGUGAUCUUGAUGGUACAUAUGCACCAAUACAAUGUGAAAAUAAUAAGUGUUAUUGUGUAAAUAAACAAGGUAAAAAAUAUAGAGGAACAAUUGAUGGAAAAAGAUUUGAUUAUGGUAUCGAUCGUAAUGAUCAAUAUUUUGGUUCAACACAACAAUGUACCUGUUUACGUAAUAAAAAUCUUAUUCGUGAUAUAAGAAAACGUGAUAAAAUAACCGAAUUAUUUAGUAAAUAUCAAUGUGAUAUAAAUGGAAAUUAUUUACCAUUACAAUGUUCAAAUACUGAUUGUUAUUGUGUUAAUCCAAUAACUGGUUAUGCAAUAUUGGAUGAACGUGGUUCAAUGCAAAUUGCAUUAAAAACUGAUUUAGAACAAAUUCAUCAUUUAAAAUGUUAUCAAGAUUAUCCGGAUAAAAAACGUUUGGAUAAAAGUAUUGACUGAUAUUUUUUUUUUUUUUUGAUUUUAUAACUAAACAGACAUAAACAUACACAAACAGACAAUAAAAACCCAUUGUUACAAAUUCAAAUCAUCAUCAAACAAACAAAAAAAAAAUGAUAAAACCAAAAAACAUUCUGUCAUCAAUAUUUAU